AGAAACUUACUAAUGGAGGAGUUAUCUUUCCAAAAGUUUGAAAGUUUCAACUUUGAAAGUGUUCCUGUAUUCCUUUCUGGCUGGAAUAUAAUCUCUAAAUCCUUGGAUGCUGACAAAAGAGAUUCAGAAGUUCUUCGAGCAAAAGCUUUUUAUUUUAAUAAGAAUGUAAUGAAAUUUGAUUUUAGAAAAUAUUUGGUGUGGAAAAAUUUACAACACAGUUCUUCAAACCAUUACCCAGAAAACUCUUUGGACAGUGAUUAUGAUAAAUUGGAAGCAAAAAAAGAUGAAAACACACCUGCUCAUCUUGAAUCAGCUUUAAAUAGUGACGUUUUGUCAGACACUUUGCAUUGUCAGCAGCAGACUUGUUUAACUACUAUCCACAAAACAGCUGGGAAUUCACAGAGUCUUACUGAUCCCAUCUCUUCAGAAGAUGACACUAAAUCCAACAGUUCAGAUAAGAACUCUUCCAUAGAUGGAGAUUAUGAAUUAAGUACACUUGCUGGUCAAUUGGAGUCUGUAGGUCUCGGUGUUCUCAGUGAAUAUGCUAGUAAAGAAAGCAGUUCAGAAGAAAAUGCUACCUCUCAAAAUGAAAGUGAAACUGAAUGUAAGCUUAGUUUGUCUGAGAUUGCUGAAUUAUUGCAGAAUAACUUACCCAUCCCUGGUUUAAAAUCUUUAAAUAUAAAGCCAAUAAAUACUGAGCCUACUCCUUCAAAAUUAAAAAGACCUCUUAAACCAUGGGAGUCAAUGCGGGACAAACAAGAGUUAUAGUUAUUAGGCAAAUUAAUUUUUUAUUGUCCCAUGUCAGAUUAGGUGUUUAGAAAACGCCAGUAAAUUUGUCUAGCUUAUUUGUAUUUUACAGAUUGUAAAACUAUUACAAAAACAUGAAUUAUGUAAGUUAUUGAUUUAGAUACCAAAAUGUAGCAUGAAAGGCUCUUGUCCACAGGGUAGCUAUUGCUGUGUUUAAUUUUAUUGUUGGUUUAUGAACAGCCAGUAGACUGAUGUAUAAAAUCAAGAUAGGUUUUAACUUCAUUACAUUUCCGUUCGGCCAAUAUUUUAUCUUCUUCGUAAAAAUGUAUUUAUCAAAGGUUGAGUUUAACAAUUGAACUUUUAUUCACAUUCCUUCCAGAUUGUUGUUCAUUCUUUUAUUUUAUAAUUUGUACAGCACUGUAACUGUAAUAAGAUUUGCAGAACUUUUUACACAAAACAUGAACCCAGAACCUCAGUAGAGAAAACAAAAGAGUGAUUUAUUUGUAAACUUUGAAUGUAUUUCUUUCAUGUUAAACAUCACAACUCGUGUUACAAUUUUUCACUAAAAGUUUCGUCCCAUUAUCUUCUGUCUGCAAACAUUACAUUAUUGACCAGAUAUUCACCACACAUUGCAUUAAAUUUAAUAUUUUUGAUUAAAAAAAAAAACAACUAUGGGAAUGAAAAGUUAAAAUUAUUUUUAAUUCUUUAAUAAUUAUCUGGGGAUUAAAGUAAUUUAAAAAAUAAACUCUGACAGUUCAUCAUUUAAAACUUUAAAGUAUAUUUGGCUUUGAAUCCAAUGGCAUUUGGCUUUUAAAAAAACUGGCUACUGAUUUCAAGAAAUUGAAACAGUACUGUCCACAUGUUUAUAUAGCAUGACCCAAAGUUUUAUUAUUUUAAAGUUUUGAUUGUAAUUGACUUUUGAUAAAUCACAGUUGUGUAAACAAACUAUUCUUGAAUUAUUGAUGAAGAAAUUAAUGUUUUAAUUAUGAAUGUAACAUGUUCAUGAAAACACAGUGCAGAUACAAUAACGUAAUAUAUUUGUAAAUGAACAUCUUCUUAAUCAGUGCAUACAUUUUUUAAUUUAAUAAAAUGUAUAUAAUUUU